AGGAGCCGAGCAUGGAGAGCAGGGAGGACAAAUCCCCGGGGCAGAACCUGGUGGAAGAGGCCGUUUUGAGCGGCUCCACGGCGCAGGAACCCAACGGGGAGGAAAAGCCCCGGAGAUCCCGCACGAGGAGGGGCUGCAAACGCAGAUGGCGGGGAUCUGAGGGGGAAAGAGCCAGCCUGGGCCGGGAAGGCGGCCAGAGAUGGAGCCAGAGCUCAGAGCUGGUGCUCCAUGAGCAGCUCCAUGGUGGGGAGAAGCCCCACACGUGUGGGGAGUGUGGGAAGAGCUUCAGGAGGAGCUCCCACCUGAUCCUGCACCAGAGGACCCACACUGGGGAACGGCCCUACGAGUGUGGGGAGUGUGGGAAGAGCUUCAGGAGGAGCUCCCACCUGAUCCUGCACCAGAGGACCCACACUGGGGAACGGCCCUACGAGUGUGAUCAGUGCAGGAAGAGGUUUCAGACCAGCUCCAAUCUCCUCAAGCACCAUCACACUCACACAGAGGAGAGGCCCUUCCGCUGCCCCGACUGCGGGCAGGGCUUCAGGCGAAAUGCCCAUCUUGUCACGCACCGACGCAUCCACACUGGGGAGAGGCCCCACGAGUGUGGGGAAUGUGGGAAGAGCUUCAGCCGGAGCUCCAACCUGAUCAGUCACCGGAGAACCCACACAGGGGAGAGGCCCCAUGAGUGUGGGGAGUGUGGGAAGAGCUUCAGCCGGCAUUCCAACCUGAUCCUCCACCAAAAGAUCCACACUGGGGAGAGGCCCUACGAGUGUUCUAAGUGUGGGAAGAGGUUUCGGAGCAACUCCCAUCUCCUCCUGCACUAUCAGAUUCACAGAGAGGAGAGGCCCUUCCAGUGCCCUGACUGCGGGAAGGGAUUCAAGCACAACUCCACCCUCAUCACCCACCGGCGCAUCCACACUGGGGAGAGGCCCUACGAGUGUCCCCAGUGUGGGAAGAGCUUCAGCUGGAGCUCUAACUUGACCCGACACCAACGGAGGCACCGGUAAGGGAAGCCCUGCGAGUGCCCCGAAUGCAGGAAGAGCUUUGUGUGCUGCUCCAGCUCCAUCCCCCACUGGAGGAGCCACAUUGGGCAGAGCCCUGGUCCCCCACAUUCCUGUGAUCCAUGUUGGGAACACACCUGGCUGCUUCUCCUUUUGGUCUGGCAAUGAUUUUCUUGUGCCCCAUCUUCAUCCCUUAAAACCACCAUAAGCAUGGUUAAAUAAAUGAAAUUGAUCAAAGAUAUCUAAAGUCCCACCAUUUCUCAGAUGUUUGAGGAGGAAUUUAGGAUUUGGGGACACAUUCUGUGUGGAGUGCACCUGUUGCUAAAAGGCAGGAAUUUGAUCUAACCCUUCUUGUGUUGCUAACAACUCCUCCCCUGGCCCAAACCCAAACUCCACCCCUGGCGUACCCUAUAAAAACCCCAUGGCCCUGCCUUUGCCCUGUUUUUUGGGGUCAGAAAUGGAUUCUGGAGAUCUCUGAAACCAAGA